AUGUACACAAAGAGACUCACUAGGAAUGGGGCUUUCAAUACCGAAUUUCGACAUUAUGUCAAUCAUUUCUUGGACUUUGCUUACGCGAAGGCAACAAACAUCCAACAUAGUAUUGUGGAAGGGGUGGAGGUUUUUGAAAUUAGAUGCCCGUGUAAGAAAUGCAAAAAUCGUUAUUACAAGACAAGAAAUUUAGUUGAAUUGCAUCUAUGCCAGAAUGGAUUCAUGGAAGAUUAUAUGUUUUGGUAUGCACAUGGCGAAUUAUAUCCAACACAAGAAAUUGGUGAAUGUUCAAGCUCUGAAACGGGUCAAGACAAUAAUGAAGGUGUGGGUGAUUAUCAUAGAUACGAGCAGAUGAUUAUCGAAAACAUGCAUCAACCUGAGGCUCCUUACUAUCAACAGGCUCCUUAUUGUCAACAAGCACAACAAAACCCAAAUCAAUCAGCCCAAACUUUCUAUAAAAUGUUGAACCAAGAAUCAUAUAACAAAGCCCUAUCUCAAAAAUAUGGUGAUGAUCCGACUCAACAUAAUGUGAAUGAUCCUGAAUUGUGGACCCAAACACAAUUGCUUAGGAAUGGCGGGAAACAAAAAGGUCCUAUCUAUGGGGCAGGAUACUCGGAUCUUCACUUUCUGAUGACGGGUGCAUAUUCUUAUGAGUCAACUUCAGCUUCUGCUGACUUUGCAAAGUCACAACAGGAGAUACUAUUAUUUACAUAA